AUGCUUAUAAAAUAAAUUAAAGAAAUUCUAUAAUUAAAACGCAACUUUUCUGAAGACAAAGAAGACAAUAAUCUCAAACUUAAUAACUUUAAUGGUUUUUAAGAUUAACAUUAAAGAUGGCUUAAUGGAUAAAAAAGACUUGAAAAUUGUUUAUUAAGAAUUGCAAAGCUAGAUGAUGGAAAAUAAAAAUCUGAUGAAUUUUUUUAUACUGAUUCUACUAAAUAAAUUCAAUAUGAAUACAGCUUAUUACUUGCAAAAUAAUUACUAAAAGAAAUUACAAAUAUUUUGCUUAACAAUAAGUUUAAAGAUUUUUUAAACAAAUUUGAUUAAGCAGAAGAAUACAUAUAAACCCUUUUAGAUUAAUUCAAAUAUUUUCCAAAUUAAUAAUCAAAAUUUCAAGAACAAGAAGUUGAAACUAGAAAAUAUUUAUUUGAAAUAAUAAUUAAGUACUUUAAAUCAAUAAAUAUUGAUUAUUUAAAAAAAAUAGUGAAAUAGUAACGAUCUCUUGAUUAUUAUGUUAAUUAAAUAUCAGUUGCAAUCUUAGAACUCUUUUAUGAAGAUUAUAUUCUUAAAUUAUAAACAGAAGAUUAUAAUAUUAAAAUAUAAGAAUAGAAAAAAAAAAUAUUAUUUAAUAAUCCAAAGGAUCAAUGUUCUUUAAUUACUCAAAAACUAAGAUAGUAAUUACCUUAACCUAAUAAUCAUACAUUUGGAUUUGAAAACAAAGAAAUUAAUGUGUUUUGUGAACUUAGUAAUGAAGAAUAGUUUGGGAAAAUUCUUGAAGAGGCAAUUUUAUUUGAUUCCUUUUAUUAUGAUAAAUAAUUAACUAAUUAAUCCUAUCAUAAUUAAAAAUAAAGAAAAUUAAAAGUUCAAUCUCAAAAGUAUAGUAAAUAAGAUUUGGAAUAAUUCAUUAGUCAUUACAAAGUAAAUUAAUUAAGAAUGACCAAAAAGAAUAUUGGGGAAUUUAAUAAAACAGAUUAUUCUAAUCGAUAUUUCUAAACAAGAGAAUAAAGAUUAAAAAGUGAAAAUAAUAAAUCAAGAAUAAUUGAAGUAACAAAUAAAAUCAACAAAAGAAGAAUUAAUACUAUUCAAUAAUUUUUUGAAAAUGAUCCAGAAAUCAAAAGAUAAGAAAAUAAAGAAGUAAUUGAUUACUUAGUCAAUUAUAAUUAUAAAUAAGUGCCAAAGAUCUUAUAAAACUUUAUUAUUCAUCAUAAAUCAAAUGAAGAAAAGGAUCUAUCAUCAGAAUUGUUACAUAAACUAUUCUUUAAAUACUCUAAUAAGUAAGAAGUUGAUUCAAGUUAGACAUUUUAAUUUAUGAAUUCACAAAGUUUUCAAACUCUAUUUAAAGAUUUGAAAAUUUAAAUCCCAAAUGAUAAAGGACUUAAGAUUUUUAAUAAAUCUCUUGAAGAUUAAUCCUUUUUUCGUGAUAAAGGAUUGAAUUAUUCAUACUUUCUUGAUACUAUUAGAGGAUUAGCUUCAGUUUAAAAAAAAAAUGAUACAAAUAAUCCUGAAUUCUAAAAAAGAGAAAUUGAAUAAAAUACAGAUCCUUAAGAAAAAAUCAAUAAGUAAUUAUUAUUUAUUUAUAUAUCUUAGAUUUCUAUAAUUAUAUAUAUUUCCAAAUAAAAAUUUUAUCUAUGAACCUAUUGAUCUACAAUUAUAAAAUUGUGAAUAUUACUAAGAUUUUCUAGAAACCUUUUACCCUUUAAUUGCUGAAUUUUUUUUAAAUUCUAAAAAUGAAAAAUCAUAAUUAAUAAAUUUUGAUGAUGUUGUUAAAGUAUUUAUGAAAAUCAAAUUAUGUCCAUCCAAAAUUACCAAAGCUACUCUUCGAUACUAUUUUUAUUAUAGUUAAAUUGAGGAUGAGGGACUUAAUUUAUAACAAUUUCAUAAUUUCUUGAAUUUGUUAGCUAUGCAAUAAAAUAAGAAGAUUAUUGGAACUAAAGAAUCUUCAAAUGUUAUUUAAUAUUAUACAUAUAUUUUUGAGUAAAAAAAUGGGAUUUCUAAUGAUACUUUGGCCAUUUUUUAAAAAAUUAUGAUUUUUUAUAUUCACAAAGAUUAUUUGAGACUACUUAGAUAAACUAAAUUACAUGAAUUUUCAAUAGAAAGAAGAGAAUCAAGUUAAGAUUUUUGA